GAUGGCGUCGGCACGUGUGGAGCAUCCUGCGGACUUGGUUGUGUGGGGGGGAGAAGAAUUGGGACCUGUGUCUCUUGCCUCAGAAGAUACAGAUAAUGACAACAGGGAAAUACCCCAUCCUUGCCCAUUUGGAAAAUACCGACGGAGCUUGGAGACCCUUAUACCCUUCCGCUGUUCCUCACCAGAGUCCCACGCUGUAGAUAAUGCAGGUUUAAUAUCAUCUUCAGUCUUUCUGUGGAUGAUCCCCAAAAUGUGGGCCAUGUUCAAGAAUGGGCUGGAUACAUCCGACCUACACCUGUCUCCUUUUGAUGUAGUAGACAUUAGCGCAAAAAGGUCUCUCUUUGCAGAUUCACAUUUUUCGGUUGUUGUUUAAACACAUCCCCAUUUUAUUAGCUUUUAGCCUAUUGCUUGUUUUUGCAUGCAUCUGUUAUUGCAUAGCAUCUUAAUUUAUUCCACCAGUCAAUGGACAACUGCACUAAAUCAAAUGUAAACAUUCAGUGACGCGGUGGUGGCUAAAAAGAUUUGUUUACCAAAAUGUGGGCUGGCAGACUGGACUUGUUU